AUGGCCACCAAGCAAGCGGUAGGCAAGUUCGCGGACCACACAAAAUACCAUCUUGCGCCCAAGGGCUUUUGGAAGAAAUUCCGCGAUGCCGUCGUCGUAAACCCGGAGAUAUCGUCUGGAAUUCCUCUGGUUACUGCCCAUAGGUGGCCUCAGCCAGGAUCCAGACCCGAGAUCUACGCGACCCCAGCGACAAAAGCAUCCGACCCGGCACAAAACCCCUACUGGAAGCGCGAUGCCCGCCGUCAUUACCCACAAUUAUCUGUUGUGACCCAAUCUCACCUUUCUCAGGUACUUUUGGGUGCCCCAUCAGCCGAGGCAGUCGCCGCGCCUGCAGACGAUAAAUCCUCCGUACCUGCCAACGUAUCCCCACCCGCCCCCCUCGAGUUGACAGAGGCCAUCGCCAAAGCCGCCAAUUCUACCAAGGCAUUCUCCUCUACCAAUUUGCCCCCUGCUCCUCCUUUCAAGAGAUGGGCACCCAAGAAGCAGGAGGAUGCACCACAUGACCCUACUGCGUACUGGCCUAUGAGUUUGUAUGGUGGAUCCGUGUAG